CUUGUCGGCGCUCGGCGCAUCUUGGCGGCACCCAACAAAACCAAGCCCAAGUUGCAUUCUUCAUGAUUUAUUUUGCGUCGUAGUCGUAGCAUCAUUAGUGCAUUUUAUCAGCAAGUUAUCGUUGAAGUAUUGAAUAACUUCACGAAUACAUUAAAAUGGCAUCGAAGAGUGAAUUUGAAUCGUUAGACGAGGAAGUAAGGGAACUUUUACAAAAUUAUAAAUUUAAAAAAGCAACCGUUUAUCAACCAUGUAUGAAUACAAACAUUAAGGAAUGCUUAAUUGGGAUUUCUGAGGAGUUAGAACUUUUAAAUAUUAAUUAUACAUUCAACCCAUACUUUGACUUCACUACGACACUGCAUCCAGAUUCACUUGUGAAGCUUGUUAAUGCUUUUUGGGCUCUGUUGCAUGAACAUAAAACUACCGCGGAGAAGGCGGAUACAUUAGUUGAAGAAAAUCAUGUACUUGGAGUCCAGAAUAAGCAGUUGAAUAGCACUGUUGACAAACUAAAACAAGAAAUUAUUAAUGAAAAACAUGAGGCCAAAUCAUGUGCAGCAGCUGCUCGCAGGGUGUCUGACCAUUCAGAUGAAAUUGUUCACAGUUUGGCUGAAACAAAAGCAAAAUUGGCACAACUGAGCAAGCAAAAAGACACUACUGAAAAAAGUUUGCGGCAUGAAAUCAGCCGUCUCAAAAUUGAAAACGAAAAGUUAUCAGAUAGGCUGAGGAAUAAAACUGGCUUCACACCUUGCAGUGACGUUUGUGAUUCUACAGUAAUGCAGUUGAAAGAACGAGACAGAGGACAGCAAGUGCUGAUUAGUAAAUUGCAAAGAAACGUUCAAGACUUGGUUAAAGAGGUUGUAGCUAUGAAAGAAAAAAUUAUUAUUCAUGGACUUGAAUGAGGUUACUCCAUUAGACAAGUCUAAUCAUACUAAUCAUAUUUUACCUGGUCAGUAUUUUAGUUUUAAGGUUUUAACUGUUUUAUGUUACAAUCAUUCUCUGUUCACACAAUCUUUACUGCAUAUUUUUUUUAUAAAACUAAGUGUUUCAUAAAAAUGUUAUAUCCUAUGUUAUAUAGUAUUGUCACCUCUCUCUGCAUCUGAUUGAACAUAUUUAUUGUAUGAAGCAACAAACGUAUCUUGAAAGUUGUUCCAGUUUAAUUGUAGACUAAAGAGUAAAGUAAAUAUGGACAAGCCAUAUAAAUGGUGCGAUCACAUAAAAUAGCCAAAAAUAAAAGAAUUAAGUAUUAACCUACUGUA